UUGCUGCAAGAAGAAAUUAAUGUGUCCCAAAUUUGACCUAAACAUGUCCCAUGAAGCCCACCUCAACCUGUUCCAGGCGGCGAAAUGUACGCUGCGCCCCGCGCGGCGGUCACCGAGGGGGGUGAAGCCGCGUGCAACACUUCCCUGUGCCGCCACAUGAAGGACUGGUUCGACGCAACGGUCGGCAGCCAGGCGGACCCGUGCAAGGAGCGGAACACGUUCGUGUGCCAGGCGUCAGUCGCGUUCCCCAGCUUCGACUCCAGCCCAGCCAAGCAUGUGGCGACCACCGAGGGAAACAGAACAGACGACCCUACCGUCGGACAGAAGCAUGCAACCAGUGAAGCAGACGGCCAGGAACUCAUAACGUCCUGCCUGAAAUACGCGCGGAAUCCGGCAGAGGGAGUGCAGGAUGUACUGUCUUUUUUGGAACACUUCAACCUGGACCUGCGCCGCAUCGUUGACGAUCCCACAGAUGAUCCCGUGCAGCGCAUGAUGCAGCUUUCUCUUGAAUAUGGCGUCGAUGCACCGGUGUCCUUUUCGCGGAAGUACGACGUUACCGCAGAAGCAUCAGCGCCUUUCACUGUUCAAGUAAGGCUUAGUUUUUUUUUUUCUAGUAGGAAGCAUUCGCCGGCAAUGUAAAAUAAUAUUUCAAAAAAUCAACACAUCAAAAUUACCCUUGGGUGCCUUACUCGAAUAACCGCAAACAGAAAUUCUAUGUAGGACACUCCAUUAGUCCGUGUGGAGGCCUUUCCGUUUAUUUGCUGCUAAAGUGAAACCAAUUUUAUAUUCUAUGUAAACUUUCACCACAGCCAAGCGCCAUAGCCAGCCCAGUAAUUAAACAGUUAGCUACUGAACCUUAGUUAAUAAGCGAACGGACUGCGAUGACUAUUCAGUCAUCUAGUGUCCGCCGUACUGAAAGAACGAAGAGUGAAGAAAACAUAAUAACAUCCCUUAAAUCCUUGUUUUAUUCGUUUUUA